GCUGAGGCUCAGUUUCUCCACUGUUGCAUUUCUCCCACCCCGCUCUCUUCCCACCCCCUCGCCGCUCUUUCGGUCCCUCCCAGCGAAGCAGCCCUUCAUUGGGUAGUUCAGAGCGAGCGAGCGAGAGGGAGACGCAGCAGCAGCCGCCGGGUGGCAGAGGGCGAAGAACGCAGAGUCGCCCUGAGCCGCUGAAGCAGCAGCAACCACGCUGACUUUGGGCCAAGACGAUUUGGGUGUCUGGAAUUUACACUCCGUUGACAUCUCUCGGCUGGGCGUUGGAGUGGAACUUUCUACCUGUUCUUGUCGCAAGAGAAGCUGGUUUCUGUGACUUUUGAAGAUCUCUCACUGGGAGGAUGGACCCCUUGUCUAUGUUGUGGUUGCUCUUGACUGCCUGCGGGCUAGACCUGUCUCACGCUGUGAACCCCUUUGCGGUGCAACAGAUCCCGCCUGACCCUUGCUAUGACGAAAAAGGGGCACCCCGCCGCUGCAUCCCAGAGUUUGUCAACGCCGCCUUUGGGAAGGAGGUCCAUGCAUCCAGCACAUGCGGGAAGCCAGCGACCCGCCACUGUGACUCUUCAGACCCCCGGAAAGCUCACCCAGCAUCCUACCUCACAGACCUCAACACUGCUGCAAAUAUGACCUGCUGGCGCUCAGAGACCUUGCACCAUUCGCCCCAGAACAUCACCCUCACCCUCUCCCUGGGCAAGAAGUUUGAGGUGAUCUACGUGAGUCUGCAGUUCUGCUCUCCCCGUCCAGAGUCAGCUGCUGUUUUCAAGUCCAUGGAUUACGGCAAAACAUGGGUGCCUUAUCAGUACUACUCUUCGCAGUGCCGGAAGAUCUACGGCAAGCCCAACAAAGCCACCGUCACCAAACAAAACGAGCAGGAGGCUCUGUGCACCGAUGGGCACACAGACCUCUACCCCUUGACAGGAGGGCUCAUUGCCUUCAGCACUCUGGAUGGGCGCCCGUCAGCCCAAGAUUUUGACAACAGCCCCGUCCUUCAGGACUGGGUGACGGCCACUGACAUCCGGGUCAUUUUCAGCCGCCCCCAUUUGUUCCGGGAACUAGGGGGCCGGGACCACGAGGACGAGGAUGGCGGGGCUAGCUCUUCUUCGUACUACUAUGCCGUGGGCGAGUUUCAGGUCGGGGGGCGCUGCAAGUGCAAUGGGCAUGCCUCACGCUGCAUGAAGGACAAAGAAGGCAAGCUGGUGUGUGACUGCAAGCACAACACGGAGGGCCCUGAGUGCGACCGCUGCAAACCAUUCCAUUACGACCGUCCGUGGCAAAGGGCCACUGCCAGGGAGGCUAACGAGUGCCUAGCCUGCAACUGCAAUCUUCAUGCCCGUCGCUGCCGUUUCAACAUGGAGCUCUACAAACUCUCAGGACGGAAGAGUGGGGGUGUCUGCCUGAAUUGUCGCCACAACACUGCUGGGCGACACUGCCAUUACUGCAAAGAGGGCUUCUACCGAGACAUGAGCAAAUCCAUCACUGACAGAAAAGCCUGCAAAGCCUGCGACUGCCACCCUGUUGGCGCAGCUGGAAAAACUUGCAACCAGACCACUGGACAAUGCCCAUGCAAAGAUGGCGUGACGGGGUUGACCUGCAACCGCUGUGCCAAAGGUUACCAACAGAGCCGGUCACCAGUGGCACCAUGCAUCAAGAUUCCUGCCGUCAACCCCACCUCUGUGGUCACUAGCACAGAAGAACCAGCAGACUGUGACUCCUACUGCAAACCAGCCAAAGGCAACUACAAAAUCAACAUGAAAAAGUACUGCAAGAAAGAUUACGUUGUCCAAGUCAACGUCUUAGACAUGGAGACGGUGGCCAACUGGGCCAAGUUCACUGUCAACAUCCUCUCGGUCUACAAGUGCAGAGACGAACGGGUGAAAAGGGGCGACAACUUCUUGUGGAUCCACAUGAAAGACCUGGCGUGCAAAUGCCCCAAGAUCCAAAUCAGCAGGAAGUACUUGGUCAUGGGGAUCAGCGAAAACCCCACUGACCGGCCAGGACUAAUGGCUGACAAGAACAGCUUGGUGAUCCAGUGGAGGGAUGCCUGGACUCGGCGGCUCAGGAAACUGCAGAGGCGGGAGAAAAAGGGGAAGUGCUUGAAACCGUGAUUGGUUUAGGCUUGUGUCUGUUAAUACAUGCCUCCCUUCUCUCUCAUCCCCUGUGCACUGCACCCAGCAGACUGUUCCUAGAGACUUUGUACAUAUACAUAUCAUGUGAAUGGAUGGACUCGCCUGUGUAUAGUGUAUAUUUUGGCAAUGAUUCCUUGGGGGUGGGGGUUGCGUGCAUGGGUCCUUUUUUUAAAAAAAAAAAAAGUUUAUUAAGAGUAACACAGUAAUGACAAACCUUUAACAAGGAGCGAAGUGAAGGAGAAGGCUGGUGGGGCCGGUGUGAACUGGAGAGACUUGGAAGAAGACAGCUCAGAAUGUCUCUGAGCAGAAGCAAAAUUCCCACCCUGUUUUUCUUUUUU